AUGUCCAAUCGCACGAAUAUGUCAGUAUAUCAAUCUAACUUGACCAGUGUUGAUGUCUCCCUGUCUACUUCUAUUGCAGCAGGAUCGACGUCCAAUCUUAGAAAGCGCCAUCUUGAUUCCAGCGAGGAUAUAUUCGAUGAUGAGUAUGAUGAUGCCACGAAUGAUUUGAAUUCCCUCGAAACAGAUGUAGAGGAUGUCCCUGAGAAAAGCAUGGCUCAUGACACUGAAAAUAAGAAUAUAAUGGUAGCAGUCGAAGCUCUUGGGAAAUUAAAGAACUCCUCAAUGGACUCGCUUGGCGCUCCGCUAUUGGUAACGCCUAAUGGUAACAACAAGAUUGGUGCAACGUCCGCCGCUAAUAUAACAACUGUGUCUGGCCUUGGUACAACAAUAAAUGGUAAUAGCCAUGCCAACAAAGAUGGCAAAAAUUAUCAACAAAAAUUCUUCAACAAAGUGUCGAACUAUUACCAAUCUUCAAAAGAUUACUCUCCAACUUUCAAAGUGGGUGCGGAAUUUGUUGAAAAGAAAGCCAUGCCAAUUGUUAAAAGAAUUGAACAAAGAUUCCCUAACUCCUCUAUCUCCAUGAUUAGAAAUAACUUCAUAAACAAUAGCACUAUGCAAAACCAACGAACUUUUAGUUAUAUUCAAUCCCAACAGCAAAAACUUCAAAAUUGGAACUUGAACGUAUCGAUUGAAAGCAAGAAAAACCUUAAAGUGCUUCUUAGAAUCCUUAAAUUGGCAAACGAUAGACUUAGUAACGGUGUCGAUAAUCUACACCAUUUGAUCACCGAAAAGGAAAAAAAAAUUUUAGCUGGUGGUGGUGCAGAAUCUGAUGAUGAUGAUGAAGAAGAAGAAUCUGGCUUCAACGAUCGCCCUCUGUUGCAAAACUCAAGAAGCUCGAAACGUCAAAAAUUAGGCAAAAAAAAGGACGGUAUGAAACAAGUUAAGCGUGAUAUUGUGGUCACCGUCAAGAAAGCGGUUGAUGUGAUCUCAAAAUUCGCUGGUAAUUCUUUGCCUGAACCUGCAAGAGAUAGUGUUCGUGAUGUGUUGCUUCGUCUCCCAGAAAAUCUUUCAAAAGCCCUUAAUACAGAUAUCGAAGAAUAUCACACCCCUAUGAGCUCUGUUCCUGGUUCUCCGGUGAUGACCCCAACUACUGGUUUCCCUAUGGGCACCCCUGCAGCUUGUUCGUUAUCAGCAAUACCUGCUUCCUCGUUAUCGGCAGUGCCUGCUUCUCCGACGCCAUCUGCCAGAAGUAAUUUCUUGAAGUUUCACUCUAUUGAUCCAAACUUUACUAAUCGGAAAAUUCUCAUUUUAGCGAAAGAGUCACUUGACUCUUUUGCUAACAUCAUCAAAAUCUUCGAUUCGAAUCUUCAAAAAGUGGAUAACUGGGUAGAUGUAGAGAAAAAAAAAGAAAUAGAAAAAUUACGGAAUUUAAAAGGUGAGAAGGAGAAUGAUGGCGUUCCCAAAAAAUCUGCUGGGAAUGAAGCUGUUUCCACAAAUGAUAUUUCAUUGAAUGAAAAACUCGCAACCCAAGCCAAUGAGAUGAAAAAUUGUAAUGAAAUGGAAGAAAAGCUUGAACAAGAAAAAUUAUAA